GGCGGGACCAAAAGGCGAGUUUUUUUUCAAGGGAGAGGAAAUCCUCGGGAAAUGUGUGGGAUCAUGCUCUGUGUUUGCAAGUGGCCUGGGCAUUAUUGACUAAGUAUUUUUUUGUUAAAUUUCGCGACGUUAAUUUGUGGUGCGUUCCCCACCAUCAGAAACAAACACGAGUGUGGCGCCGGACAGUUAAGGGGGGAAUAGGGGAAGCGACCGUCGUUAGGUCAAAAUGUCGAUUCCGUACGAGGAACAGCUGGCUGACAGCUACGGGGUUGCGGACUCAUUCCCCAAAGAUUUCGAUUAUGGUGGAGAGGAUGCCGACAUCGAGGACAGCCCGGCGCCAUCCGACAGCAAACCAAGAAUUCUGCUCAUGGGUUUGAGAAGAAGUGGCAAAUCAUCGAUACAGAAGGUGGUGUUUCAUAAAAUGUCUCCCAACGAGACCUUGUUUCUGGAAAGCACCAACAAGAUCUACAAGGACGACAUCUCCAGCAGCUCUUUCGUCAACUUCCAGAUCUGGGACUUUCCUGGCCAGGUGGACUUCUUUGACCCUACCUUUGACUACGAGAUGAUCUUCAGAGGAACCGGAGCUUUGAUAUUUGUCAUUGAUGCUCAGGAUGAUUAUGUGGAGGCUCUGGGCAGGCUUCAUCUCACUGUGUCACGGGCCUACAGAGUCAACCCAGAGAUCAACUUCGAGGUGUUCAUCCACAAAGUAGAUGGCUUGUCAGAUGAUCACAAGAUCGAAACCCAGAGAGACAUUCAUCAGAGAGCCAAUGAUGAUCUGGCAGAUGCCAGUUUAGAGAAGCUGCAUCUCAGCUUUUACUUGACGAGUAUUUAUGACCACUCCAUCUUCGAGGCCUUCAGCAAAGUGGUGCAGAAGCUCAUCCCACAGCUCCCCACCUUGGAGAACCUCCUAAAUAUCUUCAUUUCUAAUUCAGGGAUAGAGAAGGCCUUUCUGUUCGAUGUGGUCAGUAAGAUCUACAUCGCCACAGACAGCUCUCCUGUAGACAUGCAGUCCUAUGAGCUGUGCUGUGAUAUGAUCGACGUGGUUAUCGAUGUCUCCUGCAUCUAUGGUCUGAGGGAGGAUGGCAGUGGCAGCGCCUAUGACAAGGAGUCCAUGGCUAUCAUCAAGCUCAACAACACCACUGUGCUGUACCUGAAAGAGGUCACCAAGUUCCUGGCCCUUGUCUGCAUCCUGCGAGAGGAAAGCUUUGAGCGCAAAGGAUUGAUAGACUACAACUUCCAUUGUUUCCGUAAGGCCAUCCAUGAAGUGUUUGAGGUGGGAGUUUCCACCCAGCGUCCAGCGGGCCCACAGGCGGUGGGGUCGCCCUGCACCAAGGCUGUUGCACUCAAUGGCACACCGCGCAACACUGUCUAGACACUGAUGCAAAAAUAAAAAAAAAAGAGACGCAAAACGAGCGUAAAGGAAAGGAUGAACGGAGAAGGGUAAGGGAGCCUGUAAAGCAGAGACUACUAAACUGGGGCUCUCACCAGCACACCAGUCACAAUCCCUUGCUCCCAGCACCUAAAGCACUGAGAGACGCCUCGAGCCGAGAGAGUGUGGGAGCAGCACUGGAGCACAGAGGGGUCAGGAUAGGAUGGAAUGGAAAUUCAGGCAUCCGUUUCAGUUGAAUGCAAAGCACUGCGAGGGAGUCGGGGAAAGCUACACUGCACACGGACAGGAAAGGGUUUUGAAUCUGUCGUUGGAUUCCCUAAAGCAGUCGAAGGCUGUGAUAAUUAGCUGCUGGUUCCUCUGUAUGGACGUGAGGAGGAAAAACGACUCGUUGGGCUGACCUCUUAAACUGUGACGUCAGUUUGCAGGACCCUGUCGAGUGAUGAACCCACCCCGACCACUUCUGUGCUGAGAAAGAUGGCGGAUGUGAACUGCUACUUCUAACCCACAUGUGUUCAGAGAUGGCCUUAUGUAGAUGAAGCUUGACUGCAGUACAAGCUUUCUCUCACUACCACUCACCUCACCCUACCUGAAUGCUGCCCAAAACGCGCUUUUUGGUUUCACUUGUUAAGGGAAAACAAAGUUUCGUGAGCAGACUGAAAAGGGAUUGUGCUGUCCAUCUAACUUAGUUAUGUCUGCGUGUAUGUAGUUAUCUAAUGUACGUAUGAGCGAGUGAGUGUGAGUGUGUGCCUCAGUUACAGGAUUUGAUUAAAUCCCAGACUGGACUGUACUAGUGAGGGACCUUUACAGAAAGACUCUGUCCUUCCUCUCAAAAUUAGCAGCUUAGCUUAGUUAAACUCUUUUCAAUCAGUGAAAGUAACUUUUCUGUGUGCACCCCACUGAAAGUCAGAAGUUUUAUUGGCUUUGUGAUGGGUUAUAAAAAGGAGCUUGGCUGGAAAUUUGGCCACGGUCUUUGCAGCAGCACUGCCAAAAUGAAUCCUCAAUAAACGAAUCAGAGCCAGAAAACAUAUGCCAAGAUUAAAACUGAAGAAAAAUCUAGAAAUGUGUGGUGGAGGUGCAGGAUUUUUGGAGGGAUUCAUGACCCAGAUUGAUUGUCUAAGAUUUUCGGAUUAUCAUAUAAACUUGCAUGCAUUUCCAAAUAGCUUCAGUCCUGCCCAAAAUUAUUGACCCAUGUUUUGUAUUUAGUUCUAAUCAGCAGAUUCACAUGAAUAAAAAGUACCCAUUCCAAGCAUGCAUACAUCAGUGUGUUGUUAACUUGUACUCUUUGUUUUCAGUGGCAAGAAUAAAAAUGAAAUGAACCUAAUAAAUUGGAGAUCUGAAGAAAAACGACCAUUUUUUUAAAUUAUUGCCAUUACAAUGACACAUACAGUGUUCAUGCCUGUAUUCUUCUGUUUCUUCAUAUCAGAGCUGAGAUGUGAGAAGUCUCGCUGCAUCCUAAAGACCAGAAAUCUGACUCAGGAACCAGGAUCACCACGAGAUAACUUUCCUGAGUAAAAAUACAGUUCCAGCUUGGCAGGUUUCCUCGGUUUUACUCAGCAAAGUUAUUCAGGUCACUCGGUGAACCUGCUUCUUGAAACAGACCCACGAUCUCAUCAAGUUCAUCUUUGCCACCUGAAAAAUAAGCCACCACUGCAUUGUUGCACACCAGAACUGUGAUGGAUGAUUGAUUUGUUGUAUUGUGAUGCUAUACUGUGUGAAAUAAAUGAAAAUUUACAUUUUC